UUAUGGAAUGGCCAGUAUUAGCGAAAAAACUUAUAGAAAGUAAACAACUUUUUGAAAAGUCGUAUAAAUUUAUCAACAAGAAUUCAGUAAUAAAAACAGAAACGCUAAUACACCAUGUCAAUAACAUAUUAGCACAAUAUAAUAGAAUCACACAAUUAGUAAGUUCUGCAGAUAACAAGCUAACUAGUGAAAACCAGCAUCAAUGCCAAAGGCUAUUACGAUCUUUGAAUACAAGGUUGACAACCAUUGCAGAAAGAAGAGGUAUUGAGAUACAUGUCCGAAAAAGUCUAGGUUCAUUGGCUCAUUUUGAUGAAAGUUAACUAGACAAUAUAGAUGAAUCAAAGCCGAUAAUAGACACUGAAGUCGAAAGCGACACAGAAUUAAAUCCUCAAUUAGAAACAUCCUCAAACACCGACGUCGGAAGCGACUCGGAACUAAAAACCGAAAUAACAAUAUCAGACAAAAUGAACCAAGUAAAAAAAGAUCGGCAGUACGUGAAACUAGUCUCAUCCUCUAUCCCAGAGUUUGACGGCAGUAAACAGUCUCUUCAACGUUUCUUAACAGCGUUAAAAAUCACGGAUAGGACUAACGGAGAUCAAGAAGAUCUAGCCAUUGAAGUUAUCAAAUCAAAGAUAACGGGCUCUAUCCUUUAUAAAGUCCAAAGUGAACAAACGAUCAAUGGCAUAAUCCAAAAGCUUAAUGAUAACGUCAAGAGAGAAUCCUCUGACGUUAUUAAAGCAAAAAUAUCUAAUAUUAAACAAAAAGGAAAAACGGCAUCUCAAUAUACCACCGAUAUUGACAAUCUGCGCAAGCAGCUCGAAGCAUCAUAUAUUGAUGAAGGGCUAGACGCAGAUAACGCCAACAAAUUUUCGACGAAAGAGUCCAUAGCAGCCAUGACUCGCAAUUGUGAGCAUGACAAGCUGCGCCUACUACUUGAAGCAGGCAACUUCAAUACUUUCAACGACGCAAUGGAGGCAACAGUGGUCGCGGCUAUCGAAGAAGUUACAAUAACCGCGGCAAUAAUAGAUCGAACAGAGGGGCAAUUAUAGAGGCCAAAAUAGAGGAAACUCUAGGGGCCAGGGCAACUCAAACAGAGGCCAAAACAAUGCCAACAAUGUAAAUGUACGAGCUACUGAAAGUAGUUCGGAAAACCAAUAAACCCCUUAAGAUAUUCAAAUUGUGCGACAGUAUACAACAUCAAUCUUAGUUCAGGAAUAUUUAUAAAGCUUAAAAAUUUGAAAACAGGUAAUACAUUUACCUUAUUAAUGGAUACUGGUGC